UUUAGUAUUCUGAAUACCGUGUGGAUUAUAUUUUUGUUCAACAUAUAUAUAUUGAAUUAUCCAGAUAUCACCAGCUUUCUUGCUGAUUAAAAUAGCAUUCUUACCUGAUGGUUAAGAUAGCAUUUAUUUUAAUUUCAUUACCCUAAUCUACUGGACUGUGACCCAAUAAAACAAAUUGCAAUUUUUUUACACUAUAUCUUUACCAGGGGACAUGAAUGUGGUGAACCUUAUAUUUCCUUUUAAAGUGGUCCUUAAGGUACAAUUAUGUAUCUUCAGAUAAUUUUCAAGAACAAAAUCCUCAACACACCUCCAUGAUGAUGACUCAGGCGGUAAGAACAAGAGAAACCGUAACUGUUGUUUGAGUUUCCAGUAUAAUUCAGCAUCUGCCCCCAGUAGGCAUACCACCAUGUGUGCCCCAACCUAUUUCUAGACCCAUUUAUCACUCUUGUCAAGUCACAAGCUCACAGUCUCUUUGCUCUGCACCCUCUCCGACCCUUCUCCCUCUUGUCUCACUGUCAGACUUUCCGAAUAGCCAGAAAGAUCUACUUUCUCUUUCUUUUACAGUACAAAGGAUAUCUGCACUUGGUUUCAUCAUGGCUGACCGCACAAUUCCUCACGCAUACCCCAUGAGCGUUAAUUAUGAGAUGUGCACUCCUGCUCGGAUAUAUGACCAGAACUUUGCAGAAGCGUUAAGUCCUCAGGACCUGAUGGCUCCGGUGCUGUACCACGGAUACUACAUACGUCCCCGUAUCAACAAACAGCUGGAGAGGGGCUUCUCACAGGUGGACAGCGAGGACGACUGGUACCGUGUUCUACUAGACGUCUGUCAGUUCAUGCCGGCUGAGUUGAGUGUGCGAACUGUGGACAACCUAUUAGAGGUGACAGGGCGCCAUAGUCAGAGGGUAGACGAACAUGGCUUUGUUUCCAGAGAAUUUACCCGCACCUACAUCCUUCCUCUCGGUGUUGACCCACUACUUUUGCAAGUGUCUAUAUCUCACGAUGGAAUUAUGUGCAUCCAGGCACCAAGGGAGGUACAGGAUUUAGAGCCAAAAAUCAACAAGCUCAAGAUUAGAGUGGACAAGAAGGGGGGUGAAAGCUGCUAAAGUGGACUCCCAACUUCAAUUUUUUUUUUUUUAUAUAAAAGGUUUUGAUAAACACAAUGUAUCACAAUUGGAAAGUCAAUACAGAUUGAGUGGACAUGAUUUAUACUUGAGUUUUCAAAUGUAUUCUUUAAAAACAAACAAACAAAAAUAAUAAAUAAUAAAAAAAAAAUAUUUGCAAAAAUAUUCCAAAAGUUCAUGGCCUAACAGAGCUCAUGGGUUUGUAAAUUUAGAAUUUAUAGUAUAAAUCGAUUUAAUUAAAAUUAAUUUGCAAUAAGGUGAAUAAACCAGUUUGCUCAGUCAUGCCAAGGAAAAGGGAUAUAACAUACAGGAUUUUUCAUGUACAGUGUUUGUUAUAUUGUGUCUGUACCUGAUUGUAUUGCAUUUUAAAUUAAAUAAUUGCUUUGGGUUUAAUACAAGGAUCUAUAUUUAUAAUAACAGUCUUUUAUUUUAUACAGUCCUAAAUUUCACAGAACAAUAGCUAGAAAGACAAAUCACAACUGUUAUUUUUAAUAAAUAAACCUGCCUUAGAAGCGUUUCUUGAUUUUGGUAUUUUCACAUACAGAACUGUAGUGCUUUGAUUGAUAGAAAGUAUAAAACAUUGUGUUGUUUUGAAUUCUUUUUACAGAAAAUCCUAUUAGCAAAAGAGCAUCUUUACAUUCAUGUUUACGUGAAACUAGAGAAACUCUAUAGAGUAGAUUUUCCUGCUUUACUUGUAUGCAAACGUUUUGAAAUUGUCAAAAGACACACCUUAUUUUCAACAACAACAAAAAAAGAAGAUGAACAAUAAAACAUCCUAAAUGUCUUUCUAAACAUUAAGUAAGGAUCCUUGUUGUCAGAAACCAGAACUUACGGGCUAUAAACACCACAUUUGGUUCAGACUUGUAACAAAAAUUCAAUUCUAAUACUCUACAGUGUUCACACCUUCUUGCGCAUCCGGAUAGAAAGAAUUAGAAUAAAUUUACAAAUAUAUAUAUUUUAUUUUAUUUUUUUAAAAUAAAAUCAUUAUUUAUAUAGGUAUAGAAAACGUUGUCAGUCAUUUCACUACACUUUUUCUUUUUAUAAAUUAACCAAAUGAAAUAAAAAUAAUUCUAUAGAUUUGCUAGUUAAACUUUUACUACAAAAGUACGGUCAAAGGGACAAACUUUGUCCUACUGCACCUGCCCAGAUUCACUUCCCUUACAACAAGGAAAUGAAGACGCUAUUAAAACUGUGCUGGUUGUUGUUGUUGGACUCAAACAUGCAGUCAUGGGAAACAGAGUAACCACAACUUUGGAUAAGUGGGGUUUAAAUCCAAGGAAGCUGAGUCAAAAGAGGUCAACAAGAAAAAGUCAGAAAACAGCUCCACCUGCAGCUUCACACCGCCAGACUAUAGAUCCCCACAUAUAUGAGAGCGUCUCAGCCGAGCCCAAGUAUGCCAUAGUGAAUAAGAAGAAGAAGACGACGGAAUCUGAUGGCCUGCACUAUGCAGAAAUUCAGGUGCUACAGUCCGAAAGCACGAGCAAGCAGAAGACCUCGCCAAGCAAAGACUCGAGCACAGAAUAUGCAACCAUAGACUUUCUGAGAGGUGCUAAAACAAAAGAGUCUGCAGAACCUGCAGAUAUACUUAUUCCACCUGGACAGCUUCAUAAUCUGAUGGUUAAGUCUCAAAAGAGGAGGAGUGAUUCCUCACACCGGGGCUCUCGUGGUUUAAGUAAAUGAAUUUUCUUUAAAAUAAUUGAUAUAAAUGGGGGCUACAUCGGCUUAAUGGUUAGCAUGAUCACCUCACAGCUCUGGGGUUGUAGGAUUCUGCUCUGUUUAUGUUCUCCCUGUGCUUUGGGGGUUUCCUCCAGGUACUCCAGUUUCCUCGCAUGGUCUACAGACAUGCAGAGUAGGCUGAUUGAUGUCUCUAAAUUGUCCAUAGUGUGUGAAUAUGUGUGUGAUUUUUGCCCUGGUAGUUUGGCACCUUGUCCAAUGUGUCCUCUGCCUUUGCCUCGAGUCUUCUGGGAUAGACUCCAGUUUCACUGUGUAUGACAAUUGGUACAAACGAUGAAUUGAUUGAUGGAAGAAUAAUUUGUAUAUAGUUUUUAUAAAUCAGGAUGAGUUUACUUUUUUUAAGAAGGAUCAAAUGUAUGUUAUUUAAUUAUUUCAAGACUUGGCGGUUCACACUUGAGACAAACGCUGGGCAAAAAUGUGAAAAGACAAUGUCAAGCAAAGAACACUGUAGUAUGCUCAGUUGAUUUCACAGUAACAGUAGUAGUUGUCUCGUUAACCUAUCUUUUUUACUACAGUAUGCUUCCUGUGCAUAAUCAUUUCAGGGGAAAAAAUACUGCAGCCAUAUAUUCUGUGUCCCCAUCUUCUUUAUUCAAUUUGCUCUUGGAAAUGGGAUACACCCAUGGACGGCCGGUAUAAAUGGGCUAGCACGGCUAAGCCUCCCUUUUUAAAAAAAUAAAAAAAAUAAAAACAACAAUUCAUUAGGGUUUAAAUGUUGGCAUCCUCAUCAGAUUAUUGCUGUUACCAAAUGUUUUAAAGUCAAUUAUGACUUUUAUUGAGCCAGAGUGAUGUGUUUUUAAGAAAAAUACAAAGAAUGGUAUGAAGAAACCAACACACGACUUAAAUUUGAUAUGCUUUUGGACUGAUUGUUUAGACACACGGGAAAUAUAGUUGCUCCGUCAUCCUGUUUGCUCAAAAUGUAUCUAGUCUAGAUGUGACACUGUAAUAGAGAUGCUAAGCACACAAAUGUAAAUAGCAAUAAUAUUAAUAAUAAUAAAAAUACUUAAUAUAUUGUCUUCAAUGAUUGUAGGAUAACAAAACAGACGUUUUCUGACUUUGUAAUCGAUUAAUGACUGAAAUCGGUGAAUGAACUCCAUCAUGUUGUUUUCAAAAACCACAUAUGUGCUUCUUUAUAUUACCAAUAUGCAACUAAUUUUGGUUUUUUUUUGUGUGUGUAUAUUUGUGUGUGAUUAUAGAACCGCCGCUCUUUUGAAAUCACAAAAUGAAUUCUAUGUUCAAGUAUUCAAGGUCAGAAGAUCAGAAGGUUUGUUUAACAAAUAUGUACAAAAUACAUACUUUUGGGUUUUAUGUAGGAAUUUUAAAAGAAAGAAAAAUGUAUAAAGUCAUGCUGAUUUUUAUUUUUUUUUUGGUACUUUUGAUUGUUAUAAAUGUUUGUAAUAAAAAAUAAAAGAAGUUUUACUCCUGGUGGUUU